GUGGGUCGGUCGGUCGGUCGGUCGGGCGGGCGGGCCUCCCCCGGGUGGGUAAGCGGCGGGAAGAGGAGGAUCCGUGUGCAGCACCGAGAGGGAGCAGGAGAUAGAGAAGAGGGGAGGAGGGGGGGGUCGAGACGCUUUACUGUAGCCUGACAUGGCUGAACUGGGGUUAAAUGAACAGCAUCAGAAUGCAGUAAUCAACUACAUGCGCUUUGCUCGUUCAAAAAGGGCACUAAGGCUGAAAACUGUAGACUCCUGCUUUGAAGAUCUGAAAGACAGUAGAUUGACUGAGGACACUUUCACUGUGGAUGAAGUGGCGGAGAUGCUAGAUGGACUGAAGGUUGUGGUCCACAGUGAGGUAGAGUCUGAGCUUAUCAACACAGCUUACACAAAUGUACUGCUUCUGCGUCAACUGUUCUGUCAGGCUGAGAAAUGGUACCUGAAGUUACAAACAGACAUAUCUGAUCUGGAAAACAGAGAACUCUUGGAGCAAGUGGCAGAAUUUGAAAAGGCAGAAUUUACUUCAUCAGGAAAGAAAGCAAAUUCAGAAAUCAUUAAACCCAAACUUGCUCCAUUAAAUGAAGGAGGAGUAUCUGAACUCUUGAGUAAGGAAAUUACAAGACUUCAAGAUGAGAAUGACAAGCUAAAAGCCAGACUCAAAACUGUAGAAACACAGGCUACCAGUGCACUGGAGGAAAAGCUCAAACUAGAACAAUUUCUCAAGGACUUAGACAAAGUUUCAGAGGACCAAAAGUCCAAAUUAAAAUCACAGGAAGUUGCUGUUCUUGAGGAGACAUUGGCAGCAUUGAAAGCUGAUUUUGAGAAGAACCUGAGUAUGAGCACUGAAAGGCAGAAGAUUCUACAGGAUAAUCUCAUUUCGACUAAACAUGAUCUACUCAAAGUACAGGAACAUCUCUCACUGACUGAAAAGGAAUUGGAAAAAAAGUUUCAAGAAACAGCUGCUUAUCGCAAUAUGAAAGAAAUAUUAACAAAGAAGAAUGAGCAAGUGAAGGAAUUACGCAAACGUCUUUCACAGUAUGAAGCAGGAGACUAACGACAUUUUGCGGCUCUUUUCAAGUUGCUUCAGAAAGGACAUUUCAGAAAUGGACUCAUUACAUUCGCUAUUGUCUCCACAUCUGGGAGCUAUGUUGUUUUAUUUAGAAUUGUUUCUUUUAACAUUUUGAUUUAAAUUAAAAUUAUAUUGCAUUCCUUUAAAAUAUGUUCUGUUCAUUUAAUUUCCUUAUAAUCACUUUUUAUUUCUUGAUUAGAUUGACAGCUAAUAAUGACUAAUCAUUGCAAUCACCUCUCUGUUGCCACAGAUCGCAUGGACAGUCGUUGUCAGUGCAAAAAUGAAGCCAAUACAGAAUAAGUGUAAGCUCACCAUGCAUAUUACAUGCUUAUUAAGAAAAAAACUUGCAUUUGCCCAGCACCUUAUCACAUCCUUAGGUCAUCAAAUGCACUUCACAUCCAAGGAGCGUUUUUGAAGUGAGGUGACUGUUAUAAGGACAAACACAACAGCUGUUUUCACCUGAACCCCUGUAAGGAUUUCAUUGUUGCAAUUUAUUUGAAAAUCCAUGUCUUGGUUACCAAUCACAGCAAAGUAACUAAAUAUUAUAUUGUCACCACUUAAUCUAAAUAUAGAGGACAUAAUCCAGUUUUACACAAUAUAAAUUCCACCCAUUUACAUAUCCGAACACCUUUGCACAUACCUAUACUUUACAGAAGUUGCCUUACAAAAAGGAAACUUGCUUAAAAUAUUUAUUUCUUAAAGUGUGAAAAUGUACUGCAACAUUAAUUUGUAGAAUGUUGAAUAAUUCUUGUAAGGAUACAGCAAGAGGUGCAGGAGAGAUUUUAUUAGAUCUUUUUACAUUGGUAAUGCAAGCCUUAGUUUAUGGACCAAUAUGUUUAGUUUAUUUUUUUGAAAAUUAAGACAAUUAGUGACACCUCUAACUGAUGGAUAUGUUUGCAAUUUGAAAGGUGGACUUUAAAUAGAAUAGCAGCCUUUGUAUUUAUACCUUGAUCUGUCUAUGAAGCUUAACGUAUAUUAAAAAAUUAAGAAUUUCA